CCAGUGGUUUGUUAGUCAGCCUGAAGUUUUUUCCUCCUUUCUUUCCGUGGAUCUGGAUCCACUGCUGUCAGCUGCGUGGGUUGUGGUGGAGAGGAGGCCACAGAGUGUUUUUAAAGACCUUCCGUGGAGACCUGAGUGGGCCUGACUGUCUUCUAUCAUGGGGGACGUUGUUUCCAGUCACCUGGAUGAAGCCAAGCGGGAGAUAAUCUCAGCUCGGACCGGGUUGGUGAUGACAGAGUUUGGGCGUCUCUAUGAACAGCAGUUUGCUGUAGCUCUCUUCAACAAGGUUCGCUUCGACAUUGAGGGAGGAGGCGGUCCACAGCCGCAGCUACUGCAGCGUAAGAUUCCUUUGGAGAACAAGUCCAUCUUCUCUGGGUCGCUCUUCCAGUGCUUGGAGGAGAACAAGAAAUGGAGGAGCCGCUUCCUCUUUGUCCCGGACACCUACAACAUCAAGUACUAUGACAACAAAUCAGCUUAUGACAAACACCUCCCCCCCAAAGGAACCAUCAACUGUGCGGGCUACAAGGUGCUGACCAGCAUGGAGCAGUACCUGGACCUGAUCAGCAGCAGCCUGCCUGGUGUGAAAGCUAAGGUGGGCAGCGCCCCCUACCUGAAGUUUCCCUUCCAGUUCCCCCUGAUCCUCUGGCAUCCGUACGCCCGCCACCUCUACUUCUGCGUGGAGACGGAGAAGGAGCAGCAGAAGUGGCUCGCCGUCCUGCAGGACUGCGUUCGACACACAAACGACGGUUUGUCCGAGGAGCAUAAAGUCCAAACACCGGCUUUUACCGACACAGUCCGACUCUACCGCCAGGCUCAAGGGCACUUUGGCACCUGGGAGAUGAUGUGUGGCGUACCAUCCCAGAUCCUGUCUAACCUGGUGAUGGAGAGCCUCCUCCCUGAACUGAGGGAGCUCAUCUCCCCCCGUCUAAAGGGAAAACUCUACGAGAGGCAGAGGAACUGGAUGCUGAUUAGCGACGCCGUGUACAGCUUGGUCCAGAACCAGUGUCAGACCCAGUAUGAGGCCGUGGUGCAGAAAUGUGAAGCAAGCCGCUCGUCUCUGGAAGCUUCCAUCCGAACGGAUAUGGAUCAGAUCAUAACAUCCAAGGAGCAUGUCACCAACAAGGUCAAAGCCGUGGUUCUUCCCAAGGCUGAGAAGUUACUGAAGGUCAGCAUCGAGCCGUACAUCAGCUCCAUCCUCGACGCCCUGAUGGAGCCCACCAGCCGAGGCUUCUUCGAGGUCCGAGAUGUGUUCUUCAGUGAGCUGGUGGACAUGAGCAAGAACACCCUGAAUAACGGCACCAAGGAGAUGAUAGCUCAGCACAUGGAAAAGAUCUCCAUGCUGGCCUUCCACCCAGUGAAGAUGCAGAGCUGCUAUGAGAAGGUGGAGCAGCUGAGUCUGGAGGGUCUGCAGCAGAGAUUUGACGUCUCCAGCCCGUCCGUGUUUGUUCAGAGGGCCCAGAUCCUCAUGAGAAAGCAAAUGGACGAUGCGGUGUAUACGUUUGAGCAGAUCCUGAACCAGAGUCUGGAAUCUCAGAGUCCUGAGGAUCUGUGCAAGACCAUCCAACGGUGUCAGGACAGAGUCAUGAAGAAGUUUGACUAUGACAGCAGUACGGUGAGGAAGCGCUUCUUCCGUGAGGCUCUCCUCCAGAUCUUCAUCCCCUACAUGCUGAAGCAGCUCAGCCCGUCCUGUUCCUCCGAGCUUCCUCGCUUCCGGGAGCUGAUCUUUGAGGACUUUUCGCGGUUUAUCCUGGUGGAGAACAUCUUUGAAGAAGUGGUUCUGCACUCGGUCAUGAAGGACAUCAUGAUGGCUGUGAAGGAGGCAGCAGUCCAAAGGAGACACAACCUGUACAGGGACAGCAUUGUCCUCAGCAACAGCGACCCCAGCCUCCACCUGCUGGGAGAGAACCCGUCCAUUGACUGGGCAGAGAAGUAUGGAGAACAGCAGGAGGAAGGAGAACCGCUCAUGGAGGUUUCCGAGGCUAAUGGUGAAUGUGCAGAGUCCCAGAAGAGGAGAAGGGUAAAGCAGGUGGUGUCAAUGAUCCAAGUGGAGGGUUCCAGUGAGCUCUUCAAGGAGGCACCUGCCAUUGACGUCAUCCUGGAGGAGGCGGAUGGAGCCGGGGAGGAAAAGGCGGAAGCUGAAGCUACCUCUGAACAAUUUCCAGUGCCUAAAGAGUCAGAGAGCCCUCCAGACACCUCCGGUGGAUCGUCCUCACAGAAAGACGAACCAAACCCUGAGGAGCUGCCUGAGGAAAAGGAGCUAACCAAGGUUGAAUCCCCUGUAGAUGAGGGUUCCAGUACUGUAGAGGGAGAAAACCUCCAACCUGUGACUGAAGAAAAGCCUUCCCAAAGUCAGGAGUCAGAGGAAAUCCUUCCAUCUCCACCUCGUCCUGUAGAAAUAUUCCCCAAAGGUACAGAAACCACCUCACAGACCGUGACCAGUAUAUCCGUUUUAGAGGAAGGGAAAGUUGAGGACCUGUGUGAGGAAAAAGCUGCUUUGACCAACCCUGAGGAAGAUUGCGGGUCAGUCAUUAAGGAGGAGCUUAAAGAAGACAGCAAGGCGGUGGUUGAGGAGGAGCCACUCUGCAAGCAAACAGAGUCAGAGGAAACGCUACCUGAGGCCAAACACACGACCCCACAGAACCCUCCAGAAAUAUCCAAAGAUUCAGAACUGAAGGAAGGGGAGGAAACUACAGAUGAGCCAUGUGAUCAAGACAUCCCAGUAAAGGCUGAAGCAGCUGCAGAGAGCGCUCCAGUUAGCAUUCAGGUGGAGGAGAGGGAGAACAGCCAGCCAGCGUCUGAGGAGCCGCAACCCAACGACCAAGAGGCGUCAGAUAAGCAAGCGCCAACUCAAACCCAGGAAUCAAAUCCAGAGAACCCAGUCCUUCCACAUAACGACAGCGGCUUCCAGUCUCCCACCAGUGAGGUGGUGGAGCAGGUGGAGGUGACGUCCGCAGCUGACCCACAGGCCUGAUUGACCCCCAGGGCGCCAAACCAGUGACUGAGAACCAAACCAGUGAUCUCCGCUUCAUUUCUUUGAUUUUUUUUUUUAGCAGUAAAGGACACAGCUCACCGACUCUGCUGCUUUUGUCUUCGGUCACCGCGGCAACGAACACAUAGCGGCACGUCUUCAUGUCCGAGCCGACACCGUUUUCACAGCUUUUUCAUUCGCCUGCGAGACCCUAAGCUUCUGUUCUACACGGCACACAUUUCCUUAGUGUUGAUCUGAAAGUACGAGCACAGUGGGGGAGCGGGUGUCUGGAACGGGGCGACAAACACAGACCAGGUGCUUGAACACUCCUGUUGAGGUUGGUUGUUCAGUUAGCUUUUCAGACUGUUUUACCAAACCGCCGUGGUCUUUAGAAACCGGCAACAGUCUGCUCUUUUUAUCAGUUGAUCUGAUGAAUGGAACAGAAUGAUGACGAU